AUGCUGCUCAGGGCAGCACGCUCACCAUGCUGGCGCCCGGCCGCACGAAUCGCACGUCCGAGCUUCGCCGGCCGGACACAAUGGACAAGACUGGGCCACGGGACACAGCAGCUCCGGGUAUUCACAUCAAAUGGUGGCCCUCUACGAAAAGACGUCAAAGACUCAGACUCGCCAUCCGCAAAGAGCAGUCGCGCGUCUACAUCGCCGGUGUCGCGACUAGCAGCCGCCGAACUGGUCCAGACCUCGAAGGAGGGCGAUGGAAAGACAGCGACCAAGAAGACCUUGUUGAAUGAAUCGGCGAUGGGUACGAAAGAGCAGAGGAAAGCCGACUGGGCGAUCAUGAAGGAAAUGGCCAAGUACUUGUGGCCCAAGGGCGACUGGGGUACUAAGCUUCGUGUUGGAACGGCAUUGUCGUUGCUGGUUGGAGCCAAGGUUCUGAAUGUCAACGUUCCUUUCUACUUCAAAAACAUCGUGGACUCGAUGAAUGUGGAUUUUGCGUCUCUCGGCGGGACCGCGUAUACAGUGGCCGGGUCAAUGAUCAUCGCCUAUGGCGCGACCCGCAUUGGAGCAACAAUAUUCCAGGAGCUGCGAAACGCGGUGUUUGCCAGCGUGGCGCAAAAAGCCAUUCGGAAAGUGGCACGCAAUGUCUUCGGACAUCUCUUGCGACUGGACCUCAACUUCCAUCUCUCCCGCCAGACUGGCGGCCUCACCCGAGCCAUUGAUCGUGGAACCAAGGGUAUCAGCUUCUUGCUGACCUCCAUGGUCUUCCAUGUGGUCCCAACCGCCCUGGAGAUCUCUCUUGUGUGCGGCAUUCUGACCUACCAAUAUGGUCUCCAGUUUGCUGCCAUCACGGCAACCACCAUGGUCGCAUAUACCGCAUUUACCAUCACCACCACGGCGUGGCGCACAAAGUUCCGGAGACAGGCCAAUGCGGCCGACAAUCGUGGAGCCACAGUGGCUGUGGAUUCGUUGAUCAACUACGAGGCCGUCAAGUACUUUAACAACGAGAAGUUCGAGGUGGCACGUUACGAUAAAGCAUUGAAAAACUACGAAGACGCAUCCAUCAAGGUGACCACGUCCCUGGCAUUCUUGAACUCGGGCCAGAACAUGAUCUUUUCCUCUGCGCUGGCCGCAAUGAUGUAUCUGGCUGCCGACGGGGUCGCGACUGGCUCACUGACCGUGGGAGACCUGGUCAUGGUCAAUCAGCUCGUUUUCCAGCUCUCCGUGCCACUCAACUUUCUGGGCUCUGUAUAUCGGGAGCUGCGCCAGUCUCUGCUAGAUAUGGAGACGCUCUUCAAUCUGCAAAAGGUCAACGUGACAAUCAAGGAACGGCCCAAUGCCCAACCCCUGCAACUGAAGCACGGCGGCGCGAUCCGCUUUGAGAACGUCACCUUUGGCUAUCAUCCGGACCGCCCGAUCUUGAAGAAUGCGACGUUCACCAUUCCCGCCGGGAAGAAAUUUGCCAUUGUCGGCCCUAGCGGCUGCGGCAAAUCGACCAUCCUGCGCCUACUCUUCCGGUUCUACGACAUCCAGUCCGGCCGCAUCUUGAUUGACGGUCAAGACAUUCGGGAUGUGAGCCUCGACAGUCUGCGGAAGGCCAUUGGCGUGGUUCCACAGGAUACGCCGCUGUUUAACGACACCAUCGCUCACAACAUCCGAUACGGGAACAUCGAGGCAUCCGACGAAGAGGUGCGCCGAGCCGCCGAGCGCGCACGCAUCAACCAACUGAUCGAGCGCCUGCCCGAGGGCUACGAGACGGCGGUGGGCGAGCGUGGCAUGAUGAUCUCGGGCGGCGAGAAGCAGCGCCUGGCCAUUUCGCGGCUGCUGCUGAAGGACCCGCAGCUGCUAUUCUUCGAUGAAGCGACUUCUGCGCUCGACACGUACACGGAGCAGGCGCUUCUUCAGAACAUCAACAGCAUUCUCAAGGAGAAGAGCCGCACGAGUGUGUUUGUAGCUCAUCGGCUGCGCACCAUCUACGACAGCGACCAGAUCCUCGUGUUGAAGGAAGGGCAGGUUGCGGAGAUGGGGUCGCACCGCGAGCUGUUGGAGCUGGAUGGGAUCUAUGCGGAGCUGUGGAAUGCCCAGGAAUUAUCACUGACGCAGGAUUCCGACGAGACCUAA